AUGAAAAAUAUCGAUCAAAUCUUCAAUCUAGCCUGUCCUGCGAGUCCGAUUUAUUACCAGAAAGACCCUAUCUCCACUCUCAAAACCUGCUUUCAUGGUACGGAAAAUAUCUUGGAUCUGGCGGCGGAGAAGAAUGCUCGCAUUCUCCACACAAGCACAUCUGAGGUAUAUGGUGAUCCACAGGUUCACCCUCAACCAGAAAGCUACUGGGGAUAUGUCAACCCAUUUGGAGCCCGCUCCUGCUAUGAUGAAGGCAAACGGGUGGCUGAAGCACUCUGCUACGCAUAUCAGGCAAAGUAUCAAGGUAUGGAAAUCCGGAUUGCCCGUAUCUUCAAUACAUACGGGCCUCGGAUGUCCUAUAGUGAUGGUCGAGUUGUAUCCAGUUUUAUCGGUGAUGCUCUUGCCGGUAAGGAAAUUAAAAUCACUGGAGAUGGAACGGCUACUCGGUCGUUUCAAUAUAUUACCGACUGUGUCGAGGGGUUAUAUCGACUCAUGAACAGCGAUUACGCUCUUCCUGUUAAUAUUGGUAACCCCGGGGAGUUUACAAUUCGCGAGUUUGCGGAUAUUGUUGUCGACAUGAUCGCUGAGAUUGGGAAGCCUAGAGUGCCCAUUAUUUAUUUGCCACGACCUUCCGAUGAUCCGAACACGAGACAACCUGAUAUCACUCGGGCGAAGGAGGUCUUAGAUUGGGAGCCCACAGUAGCUCUGAAAGAGGGGUUGAAAAACACUGUUGAGUGGCAUCUCAAGCAAAGCAUAUGA